CUGUCUCAAUAGCUGUUUGUCAUGUUCCCUUAAUGCCACAGCUGUUUGGCUACUCCAGGUCAUCUGCUUUUAUUAGUCCCUUUUCUGCCACCCCCUGAAACUCACACCGGCCGCCCGAAGAUCCUUAUCUGCGUCCCAGAAUAGCACUUCUCUCCCUUCUCUUCUCUCAGUGACUGGGAAGCCGCAGUGUUUACCCCUUUUUCCCCAAAUUCUGCUGGGCCAUGAAGGCUGGCAUUGCUGCCCUGACAGCGGGCAUCCUGGGCAGCACGGCCAUGCUGCUCUUCCUGCUCGCCUUUGGGACGGACUACUGGCUGCUGGCUGCGGACAUGUGUGGGGUCAUCGGGGAUGGAAACAACACGCACCAGUCCAGAGAGGCAGACACACUGACAGAGGCUGGGACGCAGAUCCUCACUUUCCAUCACGAGGGCUUCUUCUGGCGGUGCUGGUUCUUCGGCGAGGGCCAGUCCACGACCAUCUGGACCUUCUGGUACACCAGCCAAGCACACCCCAAGCAUUGCAUGCACGGCUACCUGUUCCCCAUGCCCAUCGUCCUGGGGCCUUUCCCACAUCCCUCCUAUGACACGACUGCAGUGUACAGAGGCUUCUGGACGGCGUUCAUCAUACUGGCCGUUGCUGCUGGCCUGGUGGGAGGGCUGCUGCUGGUGUGUGGUGUGCCCUUUGUCAGCGCCAGGUCCUACAAAGUGGGCGGCGGGUUCCUGAUAGCCUCAGGAAGUUUAUUUCUCCUGCUCAUUUUCCUCUUUGUGCUGUGGAAGGAGCUUGUGGCCGAUUUCCAGAAGUACAUCCUCCUGGAGAGGAGCGAGGUGUGCCUGCAGGAGGCUCCCGUACACGUGUUAUAUGGCUGGUCCUUCUUCCUUGCUGCCGCCGGCGUGCCCCUGUCGCUGCUCUCUGGGCUCCUCUUCUUCCUGAUUGGCAGAGAAAUGACAGAGUCACUUGAGUAAGAAAAGGUGCUGAGAAACUCUUGGAGAAAACUGUUGAUGCUCCUUGUAAUGAAACAUACACAAGUUUUGAAGAUUAUGUCCUUUUUGUAGCUGUAACUAUUGGCGUAGGUGCGUGAUUGAAGUCAGCGUUAUUUGGAGGCAGGGGUGGAGCACUUAGCAUGCAAACACUCUCAGUCCUGUAGGCAUCUCUCUGGACUGUGCAGCAGUUUCAGGUGGGAGGACCAGCCUCCGCUGUGGCCAGCAGUCACCAUGGCUCAGCACUGCCAGCGCGGCCCAUCCAUGUUCAGCAGCACUGGAGGUUCCCAGCAUUCCCAGCAUCCUCGUUUCCUCUAAGAGGUAAUCGAAUGUGGCUGUGGGGGUGUAUGCUCUGACAUCUUUUCUGAGAAGCAAUUAAGGAUGAUUUUUUUUUAGCUAGCUCUAAUUGACGUCAAAGGACAACCAUUUUAAUGGAAUGUCUGGAAACAUGAGAGUUUUUUUUCAUUAAAAGCCUUGAUUCUGAAGAUACAAAUGUACCUGUGCCUAACCUAACUCUUAAUAAUGACUAAACUAAUUUCUGUGGUAUGCAACAUGAGAUGUAUUAAUUAGUAUUUCUUUAAAGCACUGUGCUACAAUGCAUUUAAGAUUUUGCCUGAACAGAGAGCUGUGGAAAUUUGCAAUCCAAAACUGAAAAUUAGAGCUGGGGGAAAGAAAACGGGAACAAUGAUGCUAUGAUUUUUUUGUUUGUUUGUUUGUUUUUAUGGUAGAGUUUGUCAGCCAGCUCACCAUGGGACCCUGUUGUAUUCCACCUAGCAUAAGAGCCAGCUCUGAAAAGACUUAUUAUAUACAAUUUAUAUAUUUUUUAAUUCUUGCAAUUGCUCAAGUGUACAUUGUCUGACAGGUUAAAGUGGUCCCACUAAGAGUAAUGCAUACUAAUGCUAUGUAAAACGAUCUAAAUUCAGGAGGUGAUGUCAUUUAUUCUGUGUAUGUGAAGGCUUGUAGACACUUGAGAAAUGACAAAGAGUUGAUCUUGUAUUUUUCAGUCAAGAUCUUGCUAUUUUGAAGUAGUUUGUUGGGCCCUUGCUUGCUGAAUUCAUCUGCAUAAAUUUUAAAUUAAACUUACUAAAAAUACA